AUGAUCAAGAUCGCUCUUCUAGCUCUCCUACUGCUUUAUGUUACCAGCUCCAGUCAAGGUGAAGAGAGUAUGUGUAGCCUACCAAUUGAGGGAGGUCAAUGCCGAGGCUACGUUAAAUCAUAUGCCUAUGAUAGCGCAGAAGACCGCUGCGUGCGUUUCAUCUACACUGGUUGUGGAGGCAACCCAAACCGCUUCAAAUACAAAAUAGAAUGCUUACUCGCCUGUGUUAAGCAUUACAAGCAGCAACAGAAGAAGAAAAAGAAGCACUGA